GUGUGUGUGUGUGUGUGUGUGUGUGUGUGUGUGUCCUGUAUGGAAAAUGGAGACGCUACACCAGCACUGCACGAGCUAAAGAUCAAUUAGGCCUAGCUAAUACUCAUGUGAUUUUUAAGACCAGACAAACUGGUAUUAAUAACACCCAGGUUGAAACGCACACGGACACCGGCCAAGGCAACCAUGGAAAUCUUUGGGAAUUCAGAGCGCUUUACGGUUUUUCCACCUCUGGAAUUGGGAAAUGACAACACGUCUCCGAUACUUUAAAUGCAACUUUUUCAUCUGGUUUAGGAUCUCUGGCUUUCAACGAACAUGAUUUUAUGGGCUCGUAGUUUUAGGUCGUAAGAAAUGAGCGCAAACUGAUCUGAGACACAAAACGAUUAGUCAGCUAGUUUCGUUGUGUAUUUUAGUUGUUCUUGAUUUUAAUCUUAAAAUUGUGGAUUUUAGAAGUCUUAAUAGAUAUGGGAUUUUUUAUACAUAAUUUAUAACGUAGAUGAUAAUUUUAGUAUAACUCUUUUUUUUUUUUUUGCAACGAGACAAACAACUUUAACUGUAAAAAUGAGAUCUCUGGCCCCGGGAAUCAAACUCAUUACUUCUUUCUCUAGAGACAGCUGGUACCGGUUCGUCAUCCUCCUCCUUACGUUUGUCUUCUACACCACCUACCACCUCUCUCGAAAGCCUAUCAGUAUUGUCAAGAGUCAGCUGCACAGAAACUGCUCUAAUGUUAUUCAUCCAGCAGACCUCAACAUCACUGACAAUGACACUUGGUGUGAUUGGGCUCCUUUUGACCAGAACAAUUACCGGAACCUGUUUGGAGUCUUGGACAACUGCUUUCUUGUUGCAUAUGCUAUCGGCAUGUUCUUUAGUGGGAUAUUUGGAGAGCGAUUGCCCCUGCGUUACUACCUGAGCUCAGGGAUGAUUCUCAGUGGCAUUUUCACUGCUCUGUUUGGCCUGGGCUUUUACUGGCAAAUCCACUCUUUGUGGUAUUACUGCUUAGUUCAGGCCUUAAAUGGGCUGGUACAGACUACAGGCUGGCCGGCAGUGGUAGCGUGUGUUGGGAACUGGUUUGGGAAGGGAAAGCGUGGAUUCAUCAUGGGCGUCUGGAAUUCUCACACCUCAGUAGGAAACAUUCUGGGCUCCCUCAUUGCUGGGGUCUAUGUGUCGUCCGCGUGGGGCCUGUCAUUCAUUGUGCCUGGUAUCAUCAUCGCUGUUGCUGGAGUCAUCUGUUUUUUGUUCCUGGUUGAAAAACCUGAAGAUGUGAACUGUACUCCACCACAACACCAUGAGAGUGUGGAGCAGGAGCCUCUACUGAGGAACUCGUCCAGUAAUGAGGAGAUCUUCAGCACUAACACCUCCACAGCCGUGGAGAUGGUGGAGGAUCACACCGAAGCCAUCAGCUUCUGCGGAGCGCUCAGGAUUCCUGGUGUGGUGGAGUUCUCCUUGUGUUUGCUUUUUGCCAAGCUGGUCAGCUACACCUUUCUCUACUGGCUUCCUUUAUACAUCGCUAAUGUUGCUCAUUUUGAUCCUAAAGAAGCUGGGGACCUGUCUACGCUGUUUGAUGUUGGAGGAAUUGUGGGUGGCAUCCUGGCUGGAUUGAUAUCUGACUACAGUGGAGGCAGAGCCACUACUUGCUGUGCCAUGUUGAUCAUUGCUGCUCCAAUGCUGUUCCUGUACAAUAAGAUCGGGCAGAACGGCUUGCCAACCACCAUUUGCAUGUUGCUGUGGUGUGGUGCUCUCGUGAAUGGACCCUACGCCCUCAUCACCACUGCUGUAUCAGCUGACUUAGGAACCCAUGAGUGCCUGAGAGGGAACUCCAGAGCACUGUCCACUGUGACUGCCAUUAUUGACGGCACUGGAUCUAUAGGUGCUGCUGUUGGGCCUCUGUUGGCUGGUCUGAUCUCUCCCACCGGAUGGAAUAAUGUUUUCUAUAUGCUCAUUGCUGCUGAUGUGCUGGCCUGUCUGCUGUUGUCCAGGCUCGUGUAUAAGGAGGUCAGAGGAUGGUGUGGAUACACUACAAGGCUGAGAGGGUAAACGUGUUUAUGGUGAAAUAUGUUCAAAGAGAUCUGAGCCGCCCGUCGAACAAGAGAAUAUCACACCUGUGACGGAAAAUUACCUGCAGCAUAACGACAAAAAGGGACCAUGGAUUGAGGAAACACACCAAGCCUUUUUAUGCCCAAGGGUUAUUUUAUAUGAAAAUUGUAACAUGAGACUUUCAUCCUUUAAUACUGACAAUGGAACAAAGCUCAGCUGCUGCAGUGAAGGAGGAGGAGAGUUACACACACCCUCGUCCACACGUGGCCAAACGCAACAGGAUCACUAAGCAUCUUCAUUUUAAUACAGGAUGCUUUUAGUGACUGCUCAAUACAAAUGUACCUUUUUUUCUAGAAUUAAAAUAUGCCAUCGGUGCUUUGUCCUUUUAUGUCAUUCGUACGUUUCCUGUUUGUUAUUGGCCUGGCUAGCUGUGAAUCUUAUCAGCAGUAAUGAUUAAACAGAGCCUGAAUAUGUAUUUUAAUAGAUACUGAGGUCAUAUUCAUGUGCAUACACAUGAAUAUGACCUCAGUAUCUAUUAAAAUACAUAUUCAUGUAUUUUAAUAGAUACUGAGGUCAUAUUCAUGUGCAUACACACUUAAUCACUCUCAACUUCAUUAAAAUACCAGGUGGCUCCAAGCAUCCCAAGAGAACCUCUCGGCUUUAUUCUCUGAGGCUGUGUAUGUGUGGAUGCAUGUUACUGGUAGCUGGUUUUCUAGCUUUAGGGUAUAUAUACUAUCAGCUCCUGUCAAAAUGAGAAAUCGUGUGAAAGGCAGUCAUAUCUGCAGAAUAAUGUUUAUUUUUCUGGACAGUUUAAGCUGUGUUAUUAGUCAUUAAUUUUUUUUUUUAAAUAUUCAGUUAUGAUUAAUAAUGUUACUUUAUUAAUUUGUUAAUUUAUUGAUUAUAAAAAAGGUCAUGUCCAGGUCAUGUCAUAUUGUAUGGGGCAAGUUGUUACAAUACUACAAAUUUCUAACCGUAAAACAUGAGAAACAUUGAAAAAAACAAUUAAUUAAACAGUAAAAAUGUACAAGAUAACAUAUGAGAGAAUAACGCCAUCGUUUUGUACAACAGAAAUCAUAAUCAGUUUUGUAAUUAAUGGAUUAAUUAAUAAAUUGUAACUGUAUACAUUUUAACAUUUUCAGUUUGCCCUAACCUGAUAUUUAUGAAAAUUAUACACUUUGAUUAAAAUCUA